AUGGCCCUGCUGCUCCUGGGGCUCUGGGGGAUCCUCCGCACCUGCACCCACACCCCCGCCCCGGCCCCCCGCUGGCCCCCGGGGCCCCGGGGCCACGCCUGCUGCCCCUCGUCGGGAACCUACGCUUGCCGCGCGUCACAGCAGGACCAGCUGCUGAUGGAGCUCGCGGGACAGUACGGGCCGGUGUUCACUGUCCACCUGGGGCGCCAGAAGACGGCGGUGAGGGAGGCCCUGGUGGGCACCGGACAGGAGCUGGCCGGCCGGCCCCCCAUCGCCAUCUUCCAGCUCAUCCAGGGAGGCGGGGGCAUCUUCUCCUCCGGGGAGCGCUGGAGGGCCGCCCGCCAGCUCACCGUUCGCACCCUCCGCGGCCUGGGCGUGGGGAGGGCGCCCGUGGCCGACAAGGUCCUGCAGGAGCUGAGGUGCCCCACGGCGCAGCGGGACAGCUACGGAGGCCGGCCCUUCCCGCUGGCCCUGCUCGGCUGGGCUCCCUCCAACCUCACCUUCAUGCUCCUCUCCGGCCAGAGUCCCAUGUCCGUGUCCCUGCUGGGCCUCAUGGACGAGGUCAGGGUCCUCUCGGGGACGCCCAGCCUGCAGCUGUUCAACAUCUGCCCUUGGCUCGGGGCCCUCCUCCAGCUGCACCGGCCCGUCCUGCGGAAGGUGGAGGCGGUGUGGGAUCUGAGGACCCUCUUGGAGGCACGGCGGCCCCCCGCGCCUGGGCGAGGGCCCGUGCGGAGCUACCUGGACGCCCUGAUCCAGCAGGGCCAGGGGAAAGACCCCGAGGCCAACGAGGUGGCCUGUGCCCUGGACAUGGUCGUGGCUGGCACGGAGACCACGUCCGCCACGCUGCAGUGCGCCGCCCUCCAGGCGGGCAAGCACGCGAGCGUGCAGAGCCGGGUGCAGGAGGAGCUGGACCGAGUGCUGGGGCCCGGGCCCCCCCGGUUGGAGGACCCGCGCUCCCCUCCCCACACCAACGCCGUGCUGCACGAGCUCCAGCGAGUCAUCACCCUCCUGCCCCACGUGCCGCGGCGCACGGCCUCCGACACCCAGCUGGGCGGCUACCUGCUCCCCAGGGGCACGCCUGUGGUGCCCCUCCUGAGCUCCGUGCUGCUGGACGAGACGCAGUGGGAGGCCCCCCGCCAGUUCAGCCCGGGCCACCUCCCGGCCGCCGACGGGCGCUUCGUGAAGCGGGCGGCCUUCCUGCCUUUUCCCGCAGGCUGCCGCGUCGGCAAGGGGGAGAGCCUGGCCAGGUCGGAGCUGUUCCUGCCGUUCGCAGGCCUCCUGCAGAGGCACCGCCUGCUGCCCCCGCCUGGCCUCAGCGCCGCCACCCUGGCCACCACGCCCGCCCUGGCCUUCACCACGCGGCCGCCGGCCCAGGCCCUGUGUGCGGUGCCCAGGCUGCAGGGGCGCUGA